GCGUUAUUUUAAAAACGAGGAUAACACAUUUUCAGUCUAUGUAUGUUAACAAUAUCCCAAAAUCCUCUAAGAAAUAAUAAUUCUCCGAGCGAGGCAGCCAAUGGACUUGUUCGGAGAAUUUCAGAAGGUGGAAAUCGAUGGGAAACCAUUUCUCGUAUACCAAAACGUUAUGAAACCAUUACCACAAAUACAAACCCCAAACUCCUCCGCUGAAAACACCAUCAUCGAAUCAAUCCAAAACAAAACACACUCCUCCAAUAAAGUAGCCAUUGAUUCCGACGGCGACGACCUCCCUCUUCCACUUCUUUUCGCAUGCCCUAUUUUACGACUCCAGUCAACAGCGAGUAACGAGAAUAUUACAUUACAAGAUGAAGAGGGUAAAGUAUUCGAACGCUUUUUCGAGAUCAAGACUUCCCCUCUCCAUGGUGACAAUACGUCAAAUGAUCAUGAUCCCGUACUCCCGCUGUUUUGGUGCAACAACAAGGAAGCUGAUCUAGAGAAUGAUGAUUGCUAUAUUUGUGUAUCCCAUAAGGUAGACUCAGACUAUUAUUUCUGUGUCCAGUGUGAUGUUAGGUACCACAAAGAAUGUGUCGAGUCUCCACUUGAGAUCAGUUAUCCUACCCACGCCAAUCAUUCUGUCCAACUCUACUUUUCUAAGAAAAGAUUCAAGAAGUGCAUCUUGUGCAGAAAAACAGCAGAUCGUUCCAUAUAUUAUUGUGCUCUAUGCGACAUUUAUAUGCACGUGUUCUGUGCCCAGGCGGCAAUACCCUUUUUUAAAGACCAACCAAAAAGGCACGACCAUAUCCUCACCCUUUUCCCUAGGCAAGCUUCCUUAACCUGCAAUAUUUGUGGUCUACUCAAUAAACUUCAUUUCACCUACGUCUGCCCUUUAUGCGAUUUUGUCACCCAUACUGAUUGUAUAUAUAUCCCACAAACCAUAAGAAUAUCUCGUCACCACCACCGUAUCUCUUUCAUUUCUUCUCUUCCAUUUGGAAAUAGGUCCUGUGGAGUUUGCCGUCAAGAAGUUUACAGUAAGUAUGGUGCAUAUACUUGCAAUGUGUGUAGUGGCUAUGCUGUUCACACAAGAUGUGCAUUGCGUAAUGAUAUAUGGGACGGAAAAGAACUUGAGGGAGUACAAGAAGAUGAAGAUUUUGAGCCACCGUUCAAAAGGAUUUCUGAUGGAAUAAUACUCCAUUUUUCUCAUGGCUGUCAUCUGGAAUUUGAGAUUAGUAGUGGAGUUUACGUCGACGGAAACAAGUUUUGUCAAGCGUGUGCUCUUCCAAUCAACGACGAAAAUUUGUUUGUAUGUGUGGAAUGUGACUUCAUUCUACACGAAGCAUGUGCAGAAGCUCCCUUUAAGAAGUUCCAUCCAUUACAUCCCCAUGCGCUUAAACAAAAGGUUGUCCACGAAAAUGGCGUAUUCAUAUGUGACGCCUGUGAAAACCUAUGUAAUGGUUUCGGAUAUGGGUGUAUGGAAGAGUAUUGUGAUUACAUACUAGAUGUAGUAUGUGCCUCGGCGUCCGAGCCGUUCAACUACCAAGGCCAUCAACACCCCUUAUUCCUAGCGUUACCCCCAAACGUAGAGGCAAUGUGCCACAUUUGCAAGUCAACAAAAGAUAACAAGGUACUCAACUGCAUUGCCAUUGAGUGUGACUUUAUUAUAUGUUUUGAAUGUGCCACCUUACCGUACAUGGUAAGAUAUAAGCAUGAUGAACAUUACCUCACAUUCUGUCAUGGGGAUGAGGCGACUGGCUCAGAUUGGUGUGAGUUAUGCGAGGGAAAAUUAGUACUGAGAGUUAUCGGAGGAAAAGAAGGAUUCUAUAAGUGCAACGAUUGCUGCACCACGCUUCAUAGUACUUGUUUACUUGGCCCUUAUCCAUAUUUGAAGCCUGAUCAAGCUUUCACAUUGGGUCAUAAUGAAUUCCAACUUCUACGCAACCCUUCUCCUCGGCGAUUUUGCGGUAUUUGCAAUACGCGUCGCCCGUAUCCAAUAAUAAUCCUAUACGAAGGGGAAGAGUCAUCUCUCACUCUAUGUAACUUUUAUCAUUGAGUUUUUUCUUUUUCUUUUUGAACAUUGAGUUAUCCCUUCUCUUUUCUAAUUUAUAAAUUUUUGGUCUUUUUUUUUUUUUUGUUAUCAAUCAACCUUGUUUGUCUGUGCUCAAUUUAAUUUAAU